AUGGCGCCCGACUCGUCCUCCGAUCAUGUCGAUGUCCUAAUCGUCGGUGCCGGCCUCUCUGGAAUUGGAGCCGCUCACCAUCUUCAGGAGCGAUGCCCAGCAAAGUCCUUUCUUCUGCUCGAGGCGCGGCACGCCAUCGGCGGGACCUGGGACCUGUUUCGGUACCCCGGCGUCCGAUCUGACUCCGACAUGUACACCUUCGGGUACCGCUUCCGGCCGUGGACGGACGAUGUCACCAUGGCCGACGGCCCUUCGAUCCUAAGUUACAUCCGCGAGACUGCCACGGAGGCUGGCAUCGACCAGAAGAUCCGCUUCGGCCACCGCAUGGUGCGCGCAGAGUGGUGCAGCGCCGAGGAGCGGUGGACGGUGUGGGCGGCACGGGAGGGGCCGUCCCCGGUCGGCGGCCAGGUCAAGUUGACGGCCAAGUUCCUCUUCAACUGCAGCGGGUACUACAAGUACGACCAGGGCUUCACGCCACCCUUCCCCCAACUCGGCGACUUUGGAGGGCGGGUGGUCCACCCGCAGCACUGGCCGGAGGACCUCGACUACGCGGGGAAGAGGGUGGUUGUCAUCGGCAGCGGGGCGACCGCGGUCACGCUCGUGCCGGCGAUGGCCCAGCUCG